AUGAUCGACACGCUCCCCGUCGACAGCUCCCCUUCUUUCCCCGACCCCCUUGCCAUCGACUCCUACCACGUCCACCAGCUCCAGUACGCCCUCGACAGCCAGCAGCACGCCAAGUCUUCCGAGACAGACCCGCUGUCGUUCGACGCCCGUCUCCUGGAGAUUGACUACGACUCGCGCCGCAUGUCCAGCUCUGCCACCUCUGACAGCAGCCUCCACUCCCGUCCGGACAAGCACACCGCUACCCCCGAGCACUCUCCCCUCCCCAAGCGCUCCCGCCCUAACGUCGACUCGCCCUGGUCCGAUCCCGCCACGCCAGACCACGCUUCUUCCGGCCUCCCCGCCCCCGCCGAUCUCGACUCCUCGCGCGUCCAGCUCCCCUCGCUCGCGUCCACCUUCAGCGACCGCCACGACUCUCGCCGCGGCUCCCUCCCCAACCUCUACUCGGAGAAUCCCGCGUCGCGUCUCCGCCUGCCUUAUCCGGGCCAGGGCCACCGCACCUCCCAGUCCUCGUCGUCCGGCCUCCAGGGCUACCAGUUCCCGUCCCACGACGACCAGGGAGACAACAAGCCAGAGCGGCCGCGUCUCGACACGCUAUACCCCGGAUCUGCUGUGAGCGACAUUUCUUCGCUCCCUAGCGCCGCGCUCUCCUCUUCCUCCUCCUUCGGUUUCUCCCCGCUCUCCUCCGACUUCUCCGCCGUGAGCAGCCGCUCCGCCGCCUCUCCCUCGGGCCUGUCAGAUCCCGACUCCUGGUCCGGCGCAUCCAUUGCCCGCCCGAGCUCGACCCCCGGCACCGUCGACUCCCUCCGCCACAGCUCGAUUGGCGGCCCCCAGUCUAUGUUUGGUGGCGUCCAGCGCAUCUCCGGACACUCCGCAGACCGCUCUCCCUCCUCCCGCCUCGGCGCACCCAACGGUAUCAAGUCCGAGAGCGACUGGAACUUCCCCAACUCGCCCCCCGACUUCGGCAUGUCUUCCGCGUCCACCAUGUCUGCCGGUGCCGGCGCGUCCGGCCCCGCGAUUAAUGUCACCGGCUCGCCCAACCGCUCCCCUCAGACAGCACCCGCCGGCAGUCCUAACAGCAUGGUCGACCGUCCCCCGCAACGCAAGCGCGGCAAGCUCCCGAAGCCGGUCACUGACUUCCUCAAAGACUGGCUGCACCGUCAUUCCGACCACCCCUACCCGUCGGAGGAGGAGAAGAAGCAGCUGUGCCAUGCUACCGGGCUGUCGAUGUCGCAGGUCUCCAACUGGAUGAUCAACGCACGCAGGCGCAUCCUCGCGCCCGCGCGGCAUAGCACUGCCGGUCCUACCACGACGACUCCCUUUGCUUCCCGCGGCGGCGUAGGCAUGGGCAUGCCUGCUCCGGGCAUGGGUGGCCUCGGUGUCCCUUCUGCUCUCGACACCGGCCGCCGAAUGUCUAUGCCCACGGAUACCCUUCAGUUGUACUACCCCAUGUCUCUCCAGUCCCUCGCCCACGAUCCGCACAAUCACCAAAUAUCCACCCGCCAUAUGGUGAACAUGUCCCGGAGUCUGUCGUCCAGCCACGCGACUGCUGGCAGCCUGGGCCUCGGUCACCACGGACACGGCCACAGUCCCUACGGUCUCAACGAUUCGUAUGCCCAAAGCCGCCUUUCGUAUGGCGGUACGACCGCGCUUCAUCCCUCUUCGGCACACCCGCACCACGGCGGCUCCUCGACGAGCCCGGGCGGGUUCUUCAGCAGCGGUGGCAACUACAUGGGCGGGUCGCCGAUGUACAGCCAGAGCGCAAGCUACGCGCAGAGCGGCAGCCACCACGCGGCCCCCAGCCAGAGCCCGAGCGGACGCGUGCUCACGCCCGGAAACGACGAUCAGAGCGGGUACCGGUUUCCGGAGCACUCGGCGUCGCCGGGACCUCAGUCCGGGUCAGGGUACGGUACGCCGCAGUGA